UUUCUACUCAGAAAGUCAUAGAUGGCUGUUGAGUCCAGCAGCAAGAGACAAACGAUUUAACAAUUAUUUUUCAUCCGUUCCGGGGGAAUAGAGAGAAACAAAACAAAAGAUAAAAAUGUUACUGCCAUUGAUCAUCCUCAGUCUGAUUUUGAUUCAACUUCCAACCAACAGCAGUGCGUUCAACAAUAGUGAAGUUAUUGGACGAAGUGGACGACAGAAGAAUUAUUACGGGAGAAUGGAUCCGUCACUCUAUUACAUGAAUUAUAAUCCGCUCAGACCUUAUUGGUUCUACAGGUCGCCCUAUUCUGAUAACAUUGGUGGUAGAAUCAUUGACCCUGUCCAAGGUAGGUCCCGAUUAUCCAGCCGACUGGGACCACCAAUAAUAGACGAAGUGCUAGAGGAAGAAAUAUCGAGUCGAUUUCUGGGUAAACCGGCAAAGAAACAAGGCAACACUCAAGGAAAUUCGUUUUUCUCCAUGAGAAACCCGUUGGCGACUUAUACGCCGUGUCAAUCGACCAACGCCGAAGAAGAUGGAAUUUGUCUGGCCGGGCCCGUUUGUUCAUUCUACGGAGGACGAGCGACUGGCGGCAAUUGUCGGAGAGCGUCGACGUGUUGCGUCAAUGAGGUCACCAAGUGCGGUGCUCUGGUUACGCUCAACAACACGUAUUGGCAAGCUCCCGCGGCAGUCAGCUCGGAAAGUACUUGCGGCUUAACGGUGAAAAUGGACAGGACUUUGAUUGAACAACGAGCAACCACUUGCCAAUUACGACUUGAUUUCAUUUCCUUCUCAAUUUCGCAACCCAAUUCUCAGUCCGUUUGCAACACCGACAGUUUCCAAGUGGCCGGAGCCAUCAACAAAGUGCCAAUCAUUUGCGGAGACAACGACGGCCAGCACAUGUUUUUAUCACUUCCGUAUGCCGCCACUAGUGUUCAAUUAAUUUUUACGUUCGGGACUUCAACCGUUCCGCGCAACUGGAGGAUCAAAAUUGCUAUGCUUCCCUGCGGUGCCGACUACCUUGCUCCCAGCGAAUGUCUGCAGUAUUUUACAACGGCAAUCGGUUCGGUGCAGACGUUCAACUGGAAAGACGUUGCCACCGGCACUUCGACACGCCAACUAGCCAAUCAGGAUUAUUACAUUUGUUUCAGGACGGAAUUGGUUAACAAGCAGUCGAGCGCACAGGUGGCCACAGUUCUUUGCAUCCAGGAAUGUCAGACGUCAUCUGCCAAAGCCUUUAGCGUUUCCGGAAUGAAUUUCGGAAGGAGCCAGACAACAGAGGAUGCGGCAUGCAGCAACGACUACGUGCUAUUCCCCGGUGGAUUCAGUUAUCCGGUGACGACGCCGCUGAAUCCGCGCGAUCGUUUCUGCGGAACGCUAUUCGCCCAGCGCGCCGAUACGGAUACGCCGCAAACUAUUUGCACCACGGUGAAACCCUUUCGAAUGUUUUACAAAACGAACGGCGACGAGACACUGACGGCGACAGUCGACGCUUUCGCGACAGGCAAUUUGGGAUUCUGUUUAACAUUCGAGCACAGGUUGACAUAGGAUCGCUAAUUUAGGAGGACCUAAAUCUAUAUUAUGCAAUUAUUUUUUUUUAGACAUUUUUGAUUGACUUGCUAUGUACAAUAAUAACCACUAGCCCGAGGCUCUUGAGGCAUUAUUUCGAUCGAGCAAAAAGAAAUCGACUUAUUAACUGAGACUUUUAUUUUACGAACAAUUAACAUGAUCUAAAUUUGAUAAUUUAUCCUUUACAAUACCGAAUGUUUCUGACUUGCCGAGUGAGUUGUUUAAAAUCCCCCCAAAAUCAGUAAAAAAAAAUGUUGGACUAUUUGUGUUUCGAAUAAUAAUAUACUACGAAUGAGAAUAUGACAAGAAUAUAAA